GAGGGGUAAGUGGAGGUGAGGCAAAAACCCUAAUGCCUGGGAGACCUGGGCCAAGGGGGAAUACGGAGAGGGACUUAAUCUCUGUCCUUCAGAAACUGCCCGCAGCCUGCCUGGGUAUUGUGGAGGAGGCAUGCAUUUUUGGCCCGGGUGAGGGCUUUUUGAUCUUUUGUGUUAUCCUGCAGGUUUUGAUAUGAACAGGAUUCGGAUCCACGUCUUGCCGACCAAUAGGGGGAGGAUCACCCCAGUACCCAGGUCUCAGGAGCCCCUCUCUUGUUCAUUCACUCAUCGUCCAUGCUCGCUACCUCGUCUGGAGGGGCAGGAGUUUUGCAUUAAGCAUAUCCUUGAAGACAAGAAUGCACCCUUCAAGCAAUGUAGUUAUAUUUCGACGAAGAAUGGAAAGAGAUGCCCUUGUGCUGCCCCAAAGCCUGAGAAGAAAGAUGGGGUGUCCUUCUGUGCUGAACAUGCCCGUAGAAAUGCUCUGGCACUUCAUGCUCAAAUGAAAAAGAACAAUCCAGGGCCUAUGGGUGAAACUCUCUUGUGCCAGCUGAGCUCAUAUGCUAAGACGGAGUUGGGGUCUCAGACGCCAGAAAGCAGUCGCAGUGAAGCCAGCCGAAUUCUGGAUGAAGACAGCUGGAGUGAUGGGGAGCAGGAACCCAUUACUGUGGAUCAGACAUGGAGAGGUGACCCUGACAGUGAAGCUGAUAGCAUAGACAGUGAUCAAGAAGAUCCCUUAAAACAUGCUGGUGUCUACACAGCUGAAGAAGUGGCCCUGAUCAUGCGUGAGAAACUAAUUCGAUUACAGUCUUUAUACAUUGAUCAGUUUAAACGACUUCAGCAUCUGCUCAAAGAAAAGAAGCGGCGUUACUUACAUAAUCGCAAAGUGGAACAUGAAGCUCUAGGUAGUAGUCUCCUGACUGGCCCAGAGGGACUUUUGGCCAAAGAACGAGAGAACUUAAAGCGUCUCAAAUGUCUUCGGAGGUAUCGUCAGCGCUAUGGAGUGGAAGCCUUACUACAUAGGCAGCUGAAGGAACGCAGAAUGCUGGCAACAGAUGGUGCCGCCCAACAGGCCCAUACCACUCGUUCCAGUCAGAGGUGCUUGGCCUUUGUGGAUGAUGUUCGUUGUUCUAAUCAGUCUCUUCCAAUGACCAGACACUGCCUUACCCAUAUAUGUCAGGAUAUGAAUCAGGUUCUCUUCAAAUGCUGCCAGGGGUCUGAAGAGGUACCCUGCAACAAACCAGUUCCUGUAAGCCUCUCUGAGGAUCCCUGCUGCCCACUGCAUUUCCAGUUGCCUCCUCAGAUGUAUAAGCCCGAGCAGGUACUGUCUGUGCCAGACGAUCUGGAAGCCGGCCCCAUGGAUCUGUACUUGAGUGCUGCUGAGCUUCAGCCCACUGAGAGUUUACCUCUGGAGUUCAGUGAUGACUUGGAUGUUGUGGGUGACAGUAUGCAGUGUCCUCCUUCACCCUUGCUUUUUGAUCCUUCACUGACCCUUGAAGAUCAUUUCAUCAAAGACACUGCUGAAGUUCCCGUGGAUAUUUUGGGCCAUAUGCAGAUGGCUGGAGAUGGGUGCAGAUUGCAGGGAUCUCGAAAUUCUGAGCAAGCCUCUGCACCAUUGCCUCAAAGUGGAGUGGCUACUGCCAAUGGGAAGCCAGAGCACACUUCUGUCAGCUGAUAGUUUGUUUUGAGAACCAUUUGACUUUGGAGGAUUUGAAUUUCCCAUUCUUUAAUUAAAUAAGUAUUUCUGACCAGCUCGCUCUCUAAAGGACAAACCCAGACUAGUUGGUUUUUCUUCUGGGUUAUUUCGUGCUGUAGUCAAACAUCUACCACAUUUUGGGGGAAGGGACCAGUAGUAUCUAAAAGUUGUGAGUGUCUUCCCUCUCUGGGCAAGGAAGAGACGGGAGAACCCUGUCACAGCUGCUGGGAUUUAGUGAAUAUUUGGGACUCUGUGUCUACGGGGAAAGCCAUCUUUAUAAGGGCAUUUCCCAAGUCUUGGAAUAAACCCAGAUCGGUGUUUAGGUGGGAGCUGUGUACUCUUGGGAUGUUGAUGGGCCCAGUGUCUGGUUAUUGCUAUCUAACAGCCUGUGUUUUAGCCUUUUCUCACCUUGCACCUAAUUGGGUAAUCUGAUUCCCCUCCCCCCACGGAAAAUAGCCCAUAGGACUGGGCCCUGCUUAACCAUCCAUCUUGCUUCUAACCUAUGUAAAUUUCUGUGGUGACUAUCUUAUGUAAAAUACCAUAAAAAGUUAUUGUAUAUAGUUUCUAUUAAAUGUUAAAAUGUUAUGAAAAUAUAAAACAGUUGAUUGAAUGUUUGGUUUGUAUUGGGGGGUCCUUAGGGAGCUGUUUCUGAUGGGAAAGAGAAAAUGGGGCAGGAUAUAUUUUGAUCCCAAGAAGUAAAUACAUUUUCAGUAACCUACUUGGGGUUCGGUUUGCAGGAUAAGAUAAAGACCUGUUAGAAGUAAACGGAAAGGGUAGGACCUUAUUAAAGCCUGCCUCUCCUCGGUGCUCCCUACUCCUGCUCCCAUGUUUGUCAUGCCAUGUCUGAUUAUCAUUUAAAAAUUCUCCAGGCUGGGAAUGUAUAUAGGUAAACAAAAAUAAAACUCCCAGCCCUGGCUGGUGUGGCUCAGUGGAUUGAGCGCCGGCCUGCGAACCAAAGGGUUGCUGAUUUGAUUCCCAGUCUGGGUGCAUGCCUGGGUUGUGGGCCAGGUCCCUGGUAGGGGUCAUGUGAGAAGCAACCACACAUUGAUGUUUCCCUCUCUAUCCCUCCCUUCCCCCCUGUCUAAAAAUAAAAUC